UACAGCGAAUGCGGGGUCCGGGUGAGAGCGGAUACAGCGAAUGCGGGGUACAGCGAAUGCGGGGUCCCGGGGAGGCGGAUACAGAGCGGAUACAGCGAUACAGCGAAUGCGGGGUCCGGGGAGAGCGGAUACAGCGAUAUGCGGGGUCCGGGGAGAGCGGAUACAGCGAAUGCGGGGUCCGGGGAGAGCGGAUACAGCGAAUGCGGGGUCCGGGGAGAGCGGAUACAGCGAAUGCGGGGUCCGGGGGGUCCGGGGAGAGCGGAUACAGCGAAUGCGGGGGUCCGGGGGAGAGCGGAUACAGCGAAUGCGGGGUCCGGGAGGAGAGCGGAUAUAGCGAAUGCGGGGUCCGGGAGAGCGGAUACAGUGAAUGCAGGGUCCGGGGAGAGCGGAUAUAGUGAAUGCGGGGUCCGGGGAGAGCGGAUACAUAGUGAAUGCGGGGUCCGGGGAGAGCGGAUAUACAGUGAAUGCGGGGUCCGGGGAGAGCGGAUAUGGGGAAUGCGGGGUCCGGGGAGAGGGAUACAGCGAAUGCGGGGUCCGGGGAUAUAGGGAAUACAGCAUGCGGGGUCCGGGGAGAGCGGAUAUGGGGAAUGCGGGGUCCGGGGAGAGCGGAUAUAGUGAAUGCAGGGUCCGGGGAGAGCGGAUAUGGGGAAUGCGGGGUCCGGGGAGAGCGGAUAUAGUGAAUGCAGGGUCCGGGGAGAAUGGAUAUGUCCGGGGAAUGCGGGGUCCUCAGAUGGCGGGUGUAAUGCCAUGGUCCUGCAGACUGUCUGUGUAAGUAGCUGUCUGCCCGUACCUCCGAUAUGGGCAAUACAAUGACAGG